AUGGCCGGCCAAACGGAGUCCUUCCAGAACAUCCCUCUCCAGCCUUCCGCGCUCCCGUUUCACCUUCCGUCCGCCGCGCUCCCCAGGGUCAGGACCCAGGAGCCCGACAACCGCCUCGCUUCCCGACCCCCACGCGAGACCCGCCCACCGCCUCGCGUCCGCCAAUCGAAGGCCGUUCUGAGGCGACUGGCAGGCCCGUCCGGCCCCGCCCCCAGCCUCGCUGUGGCCUGCGGCUUCCCGGCCAGUAGCGCCGCUGUCGGUCGCGCGGGCCGGUCGUGUGGACACGGUCGUGUCGCGGGCGCUUGCCUCGGGCCACAGCGCAGCGCCGGGACCGUCAUCCCCGCGGCGUCGAGCAUGGACUUCGAGGACGGUGAGCGGCGCGCGGGGCGGGCCGCCGCGGCGGGCGGGCGGGAGGGCGGCGGGCGGCCUGCGCCGGGGGUCUGUUUACCGCCUCAAGAUGGCCGUGUGGCUUUGUUCUCCCUGCGGCCUCGCCCGCGCCGCCUGCAACUUCCGGCCUGUGAGCAGCGGGCCAGCUCACGGGGCCCUCAGGGCAGCGACCCGGUGGCAGAUGAGUAUGCAGAUCUGGGCUUUGCUCACAGCACACUAAUUCCUUGCUGUUUCUGUGUCUUCGUAGAUUACGUGCACUCUACGUGCAGGAGUGCUUACCAGGACUUCAACGGAAUGGAUCGUGAUUAUGGCCCUGGAUCUUAUGGAGGGCUGGAUCGUGACUAUGGCCAUGGAUCCUAUGGGGGUCAAAGAUCCAUGGAUUCCUACCUAAACCAGUCCUAUGGCAUGGACAAUCACAGUGGUGGUGGUGGGGGUAGCAGGUUUGGACCUUAUGAGUCUUACGACUCCAGGUCUUCUCUGGGUGGGCGAGAUCUGUACAGAUCUGGCUAUGGUUUUAAUGAACCCGAACAAACCCGCUUCGGAGGUAGUUAUGGUGGUCGAUUUGAGAGCUCCUACCGGAAUAGCCUUGACUCUUUCGGAGGUAGAAACCAGGGCGGGUCUAGCUGGGAAGCACCUUACUCCCGUUCAAAAUUGAGGCCUGGGUUUAUGGAGGACAGAGGAAGAGAGAAUUACUCUUCCUACAGCAGUUUUUCUUCACCCCAUAUGAAGCCUGCACCUGUAGGCUCUCGGGGGAGAGGAACGCCUGCUUAUCCUGAAAGUCCGUUUGGAAGCAGAAACUAUGAUGCUUUUGGAGGACCAUCAACAGGCAGAGGCCGAGGCCGAGGACACAUGGGUGAUUUUGGAAGCUUCCAUAGACCUGGAAUUAUUGUUGACUAUCAGAACAAACCUGCCAAUGUGACGAUUGCUACUGCAAGAGGAAUAAAAAGGAAAAUGAUGCAAAUAUUUAUUAAGCCCGGGGGAGCCUUUAUCAAGAAACCCAAGCUAGCAAAGCCGAUGGAUAAGAUGAACCUCAGCAAGUCACCUACAAAAACUGAUCCUAAAAAUGAAGAAGAAGAAAAGCGGCGAAUUGAGGCUCGACGAGAGAAGCAAAGACGUAGACGAGAGAAAAACAGUGAGAAAUACGGAGAUGGAUACAGAAUGGCAUUCACAUGUUCAUUUUGUAAAUUUCGAACCUUUGAAGAAAAAGACAUUGAACUGCAUCUGGAAAGUUCUUCACACCAAGAAACAUUAGAUCAUAUUCAGAAACAAACCAAAUUUGAUAAAGUAGUUAUGGAGUUUUUACAUGAAUGUAUGGUAAAUAAAUUUAAAAAAGCAUCUAUUCGUAAGCAACAAACACUUAAUCACCCAGAAGCUUACAAGAUAAUUGAAAAAGAUAUUAUGGAAGGUGUCACUGCCGAUGAUCACAUGAUGAAAGUGGAGACCGUUCACUGUAGUGCUUGUAGCGUGUACAUCCCUGCUUUACACAGCUCAGUUCAGCUGCACCUGAAGUCUCCUGACCAUGGCAAAGGGAAGCAGGCUUAUAAGGAACAGAUAAAGAGGGAAAGUGUGCUGACUGCUACAAGCAUCUUAAACAACCCCAUCGUGAAGGCGCGGUAUGAGCGCUUCGUUAAGGGAGAGAAUCCUUUUGAAGUUCAAGAUCCUGCUCAGGGCCAGCAGAUGGAAGGGGAUGAAGAGGACGACGAAGAGAAGAUCGAUGAACCCAUCGAAGAAGAGGAGGAGGAGGAGGAAGAGGAGGAGGAGGAAGAGGAAGAAGAGGGGGAAGGGGGAGAAGCUGGAUCUGUGGAGGAAGAAGGGGAUGUGGAGGGAGAGGAGGGCACAACAGCAGCAGCAGGGGAAGCUGAUACAGUGGGAGAAGCCGAGGAAGCAGAGGAGGAGGAGGAGGAGGUGGAGGAGGAGGAGGAGGAGGGGGCAGAGGAUUUUGCUGCCCAGACCUGUGCUACCGAGCAGUGUGAGCAUAGUCAGGUGUAGGCUCCACGCUUUGCUGGCUGCCACCGCAGGACGUGGAGGAUGCUGAGUAGCUUAGGACAUGAGCUGACACCGUGUUGCAUGCAUUCCACACAUUAAAGUUUGUUUUAUAUAAUUUCUAAAUGUUUGGCACUUGUUUAAUAAAAUGAAGUUAAGAUGAUUUCAGUUCAGUUUUUAUAGAAACCAAACUUAGAUAUGAUAAAUUGUUUGUAUGAUUUUUAAGCUUAGGUUUUAUUACCUUACUGGUGUUGAGGAUUCCUGGUGUGUGUUGCUCCUCUGCCCGUUGUAAUCAUUUGAACGUAAAUGCUGCUCUCAGAGUGAACCUUAAAGUGUGCGUUCAGGUUCGAACACUUCCUCUAGAUUGAUUGGACAAGUAUUUUGUCCUGAUUUGAGUUUUUCUUUUUUUUUUUUUACAUUGAAUAGCAGUUAGCAUUAAGAUGGCUUCAAGGAUUUGUGUACAGCUCCCUUUGUAGCAAUAAAACGUUCUCUCUUUUUUUUUUAAACAAGAACUUUCUCCUUUGAUUGCAGUUUAAACAUUUCAUCAAUUAAAUGAGUAUUUAAAAAUCAAUAUCUGCCUUAAUGUAUGAGUUUAGCUCACAAGUAUUUCAAGUGAUUGAGAAGACUUGAAUUAAAACAUUUUUCCUCAGUCAUAUUUUUAAAAAGUGUGACUACUGUAUAUUUUCUAACAUAUUUCAGAGGUCAGUCUGUAACUGACCUUGUUUAUACUAGCUUUAGUUUGUUCUUUUCUCUGUGCCUAUGUCAAACCUUGUAAUCUUCCUGAAAAUACAAUUUAAUACAAAUAAUUUGUGUUCUUU